CGGGGUUCAUUGUGUGUCGGAAUCAACCACGGUUUAAAUUUCUUCGCAGGCUGAGAAGUACUCCUCGUUAUAAAGCACGGUUUCGUGUUCAAUACAGCUCUUAUUUACAUACACGACAAGAACCGCAAGAACUGCGACUCGGAGCAGAGGCUGAACAGAAUUCGAAAAACAAAAUUUUCAACGUUUUUCCCAACGCCAGAAGUUAACAAGAAGACAAGAUUACAGUUUUCAGAGCUACUCUAGGACUUCGAUGUAUUUCUCUAUUUUGCUGUCCUUCGUAAUUUAUUUAACUGUCUCCAAAGGAGACUUGACGGCCUCAGAAUCAGUAGAACAUGGAAACCUUGAUGUGACUGCCAAACACAUGCCGGAUGAAAUCCAUCUCCAAAUGAAAAGAAGCGAAUUGGAACAAUAUUUUGGAGUAAGCUCGCACGAGGAAGUACCACUGUACGAUGUCACUUCUCCGUUCCAAGUUGAUGAGGAAAACAGAUUUCUCUCAGAAAGUCUCCAUACUCACGCCAGGCAGAAGAGAAACGCCGAGGAUCCUCGUGCGUGGUAUUUCAAUGUCAAAGCCUUCGGAAGGUCACUGCAUCUAAACCUCACAAUGAACCAAGAUCUCAUGUCACCAUGGCUAACUGUUGAGCGACACGAAAAUGGAACAGUGACAGCUGAGGAACCACCCAAGAAUUCCUUCUUAGAUGGUCACGUGAUUGGAGAAUUUGGCUCUUCGGUUGCAGUUAGUAAUAGAGGAGGACUGACAGGUCUAAUACAACUUUUGGACCAGUCUCUGUUCCUUCAACCGCUUCCAAGUCAUCUUUUAUCAGACAGUAAUUCCAAAAGUCACUUAGUCAUCAAGCGCUCGAUUGACGAUGAGGCUAUGGAAAACGAGUUUCAAGAAAAAUUAUCAGGAAGUGGUACUGAGUGGAAAGAGCCCAGUUUUGACGAGGAUUCUCUGAAAUUUGCGAAAGUCAAACCUAGUGAUGCCGGACAAUUCUUUCUCGAGAUGACAAUGGUAGCUGAUAAAAGUAUGAUUGCAUUUCAUGGCGACGACACCGCAGAUUAUCUGCUUAAGCUGGCACAUAUGGUAAAUGCCUUUUAUCAUCAUGAAAGUAUUGGUCAGAAAAAAAUUACCAUCACCAUCGUGCAGAUUAAACUUGUACAGGAUGGGCUUAAGUAUUCAGGGGGUAGCAAUGAUGCUAAGAUGGUGGCUCUCAAGAAAUGGGCGGCAGACGCUAAAAUUCCAGAACUGGAUUCUCAAAGAGACCAUCCUGAUGUCAUAUCUCUGAUAAGUCGGGGAAGUUCAGGAGGCUUGGCGAGUUUUGAUUCAAUAUGCAAAGGCAGUUUCAGUUAUACCGUUAAUAACGGUGCAAUGGGCUUUAACACGCGCCUCAUUCUAGCACACGAAAUUGGGCACACGCUUGGUUUAAAUCAUGACUCUGCUGAUGGCUGCCCCGACGCAACAUAUAUUAUGUCUACCGCGGUACCUGGAGGGAAGUAUGCGGGCACAUGGUCCCCUUGCAGUAGGAAAUAUGUUCAAGAGUUACUAGGAACUGCCCCGAAGUGCCUAAUGGAUGGAAGAUCCCGCAACAUAAAUUACCUGAAGUACUUCCGUGGGAAGCUCCCAGGAAGAGUGAUAUCUGGAGAUGAGCAGUGUAAAGAGCAAUAUGGCGAAGGUGUUUUUCAGUGUAAACAAGCACUGUCUAACUGUGGCUCCCUGUAUUGCACACGCAACGGCUUCUCCUGCUUCAGUAAAGUCGCUCCACCAUUGGAUGGGACACCAUGUGCAUCUAGACAUUGGUGUAUAGCUGGUGAAUGUGUUUUCGACGGUUCAGAAGUUGUAGAUGGUGGUUGGAGUGAAUGGAGUAACUAUGAUCCGUCUACUUGUUCCCGCACAUGUGGAGGAGGAGUCUACUUCAAAACACGAACCUGUACAAAUCCACGCCCCCAAAAUGGAGGAAAAGACUGCAUAGGAGAGAAUCGAGGAUAUCCAAAGGUCUGCAAAAGAAAGGUGCCAUGUCCUUCAGGUGCAAUGGACUUCCGACUUGCUCAGUGCCACGCUAUAAAUAAACAAUAUACGAUAUUCUACAGGGGAGGAGCCGAGGCAUGCAAAUUAUUUUGCCGCCACGGAUGGUCAUAUUCACCACGAGGCCUUGUAAAAGAUGGAACAAGAUGCGAAAAUGGUGCAUCAAAAAGCCGGGAUAUGUGCAUUGAAGGAAAAUGCAAUCCCGUUGGUUGUGACGACGUGGUUGGAUCUCAAAGUGCGGUUGAUCGUUGUGGAGUUUGUAAUGGAGAUAGCACCUCAUGUAGAGCAGUAAAAAAACAAUUCACCACUUAUUGGGAAAAAAAGGGACCUGAAAAUGCGGCAUUAGCUUGUUGGAUCCCAAAAAGGUCUAAAGAGAUUUGGGUUUUCGAGAUGGCUGUUGACAAAAACAACAUAGGUGUACAGAACAUGAAAAAAAAGUAUUUGUUUGAGCCCGUACCAAAACAAACGCAAACAAUCAAUGCAGCUGGAAGCACUAUUACCUAUGGAAAACGUAGUGGAAAGGAAUAUAUUCACAUUCCUGGCCCAAUAAACACACCUCUGCGUUUUAUGUUUAUACUCAACGGUCAAAAAAACAAAGGAGUUGAAUGCAGAUACUUGAGUCCCUAUAAAUCAGAGGUUACUGGAGCCGAUGUCGAAUGGGUUGUCGACGAGAAAUAUGGCUGGUCAGCCUGCUCCGAGACCUGCGCCGGAGGAAAGAAAACGCGGAGAGUGAAGUGCAUGAGGAAGGAUGACAAAUCAGCUGUUGCAGACAGUGUCUGUGAGAAGGGAGGACUUGAGAAACCCGAAGAUGAGAUGCCGUGUAACACAGAAGAGUGUCCAACAGAUUUAAACAGAUGGCACGUGACUGGAUGGAGCUCCUGUUCCAAAACCUGUGGACAUGGUGUAGCGAAACGUAGCCUGUCUUGCAGAAAGAAGUACAAGAACCCUGGAGGAUACAAGAAACUGGAUUGGAGCAGCUGCAAGGCACCUAAGCCAACACCACUAAUUAAACCUUGUUUUAAGGAGGCGUGCGGACCGGAAUGGAUUCCAUCUAAGUGGGGAAAGUGUUCAAAGACCUGCAUAGGUGGCAUUAUGAAACGCAAUUUAAGCUGCGGGAGGCCGCUCGGUGAUGGAAACUACCACCCAUUGUCAGAAGGCUUCUGCCGAUACUCCGUCAAACCGCCAGUAAAAGAGAAGUGCAACGAGGAUAUUUCCUGCUCUGUUCUUCCAGUUCAAAAAUACAGAUCACUGGGUUGUUACAGAGAAAAUACACAUAAGCGCCUCCUGCCACUUCUGGAACACAAUUUCCGUACCGGUGGCAUCAAAUGGAACGCAAUAGAAACUGUAGUGGAAAAGUGCUACCGUGAGGUCGUUGAACGCACAAAUUACAAGGUGUUUGGAGUGAAAUUCUAUGGUGAAUGUUGGGUCGGUAAGAUGCCGAGCUCCCAUUUCAAGACCGUCCUUACACAGUGCUAUGAACAUGCAGUUGGGAAGGCUCAUACUUACUACAUUUAUGAAAUUUUGUAGAUAACAGAAGUAAUCUGUCACAAACAUCAUUAGAGAAAGGUCUU